AUGUAUAUAAACCGUACCAUUGGAAUCGCUCCAGACCCAGACUGUUUAAAGGGAGUAGUCGCGUGCCAAUGCGAAUUAGGUCGAGAGAAGCUGCUCACAGCUCCGCCUUAUAAACGAUUAUCCUCGCCGCCUGAAGAUGAUGCAAAAUCAAGGUAUUCCACCGCGCCGUGCGUCAGAGAUCUUGAACAGUACAAGUGCCCCAUCAGCCAUAUCCUGGUCACAUUCAAGGCUCCGCUGCACCCCAACGAAGUGUUCAAUAAAGUCUUCCCAGCGAAUACGCAAAUAAAAUUUGUCAAACGUAAACUAGCUAGACUGCUCUCCGUGUCAAAUAACAAUCUUCUUCUAACUAAAAAUAGAACUAUAUUGAAGGAUGCCAGCGUUUUAUCUGACCUGAAGACUGAUGCCCUUGGCAACUUAGUAAUCGAUGUGUUCACUAAAGACUCGGAAGAUUUUGCUUUAUCCACGAUACCAAAAGAAUCUUAUGUCCACGAACUUCUUCACUCAGUCAUACCCAAGAAAAAGACAAUGCCUUUUAUAGCCAUUAAAUUUAGAGUGAUCAAUCAAAAUGAAACAUUUACUCGCUCUUAUCAUUCUAUUAUUAAGAUCCACGAAAUAAAAAAGAAUUUGGCGGGAAUUUUUCAAGUAGACCCCGACAAUUUGGUGUUGGUAAGAGGAGAACGUACGCUAAAAGAUAGAAUGGCUUUAUUAGAUUUAGAUUACAACAAGUAUGGCAUAGUAGAAGUGGAGCUGUUGACAAAGAAUAAUGAAACCUUAAAUUUGGAGAAGCUUUACAAAGAAAUAGCUGUGAAUGAUGUUUUAACUGUGACGGUCCCAUUUGGUAGCAGUCUGAAACAAAUAAAUGUCGAAGUGUUUUCAGAACCUAUCAAAAAGCCUUAUCUUGGGGGAUACAGAAAUGUUCACACAGGAACAGAGUAUCAUCAUGCUUACACUCAAACACCUCAGAAGCCAGAGAAAUUACCCCCUGAAAAGAAAUCGUGCAGGGACACGCAAACGGCUGAAGAAAAAGAAAAAAUAUUCGACACAGCCUACAGCAGAGCCACACAGAUGAAUACAGUGCACGCCUAUAUCCCGAGUGUGACUGACAGGAUCGUAGUGCCGAAGCCUUACGAGACUUAUGAAGAAAUGAUAAUCCGCCUGAACCACAACCACUACGCUUCGGUCAUUCAGCGUGCCUUCAGACAUCACCAGUUUCGGCAAAAAGUCGAUAGAUGGCUUCGGGAGUGCCGAGAACGAAUAGAAAGAAUGAAGGAAGAAGAUCGUUUGGAGCGAGAGGCGAUGGAUCGGCGAUUGCGCAAGGACCUCAUCACCAAAACAUAUCCUAGAACGCGUGAAGACUUCGAUCAAUUGUAUGCAAUGGUGGAUCGCUGGAAGCACGCUGAAAUUGCUAGGAUUUCACAAUUACACGCCAAAGGCCCUAAAAUUGCAGAAUUUACGCUGCUUCUUGAUAAAGAAGUGGAACUGCUUCGUUGUAUCGAAUCUUAUAGAGUAAAAGUAAAGGAAGACAGUCGCAAAAUAAAGGAAAAGAAGUUCCUUGAAGAAAUUUCUAAACCAGUCGCAUGGUAUGGAAGAGAUGGAAAAUUGAUAACAAUGGAUACUAUUGAAAUACAGAAAGCAAGGAAACUUAAAGAACUUUACAAUUCCUUUAUUCGUGAUGACUUGGAUGUGAAAGACCGUAUGGAGCUUAUCGUCAAUAUGAAAUUUGCUUUGCAAGAAUUCCGUCACUAUUUGGCUGAGGAAAUAAUAACGCUUUUGGAUAGAGAAUGUGACCUUCUAGUUCGGAGGUGUAACGAUCAUCAGCUCGAGUUCCUCAGACGCAGGACUGCCGCCAGUGUGUACCAAUUGAUAAAGAAUUCGGAGCUCAACUCGGGGGUGACCAAAUGCAAAGAUAUCCGAGACUUUAGAAAGAUGGAGCACGGCAGACUUCAUUUCUGUGAGUUGUGUCACCAGGUGAAACUAUUUUCGGAAUUCCCUAUCAAUACGAGAAUGAGUGGAUUUUUGAUUUGCACGUCGUGUUCGUGGAAGGACGUAACUGAACGAUUAUGGAUUGACAUGGCGCCUUAUAGGUUCAUACUGCGCGCAGUGCAGCGCGAUGAACGCCGCCGUAAAUGUUGGGGAUCUCUCGCUUUCGUUCUUCGAGAUAGGGAUGUGUUCUUCAUUGUGGAGAAGUUGUGGCAUGCACACUCUGCUAUCAGCGAAUGCAACGACUUGACUGAGCUGAGAUUGUGUCGUUGGCACGUGCACGAGGACUGGUCUCCAUGGAACUGUUUCCUCGUUACCGUACAAGAGAUGAAAGCGCACCUGAAACUCGAAGUUCCUGAGGAUGUUUAUGAUGAGGAGUUGGUACAGAAGGUAGCAAAUAAGCAUAAGCUUGCCAAGGCAAAUUUCGAGCAACUUUUAACAGUGAACAAGCGUUACACGGAAACAGGCGAAUGGCAGGGCGUCAGAGCGCCCGCAGUCGCGCGAGUGGACGCUAUAGAACCUUUGUGUUCUUAA